AUGCCGGAAGAACGGCUCAGCAUUCCCGGACGACCAAGCUGUUCAAAACCUGAAGAUGAACACUUAGCGGAAGACCUUUUCUUCAAGGCAAAUAUUGGAUUUACCUUGGUUGGAAAACAAUGUCUUCUCGGGGUGGAUCAUCAAGGACAUUGCUCUUGUUGCUGGGCUUUUGCAUCUACAGAAGCGAUUACUGCAGCUCAUGCUUUUAAGAACAAAGAAACAAUACCAUUAUCGAAGCAACAACUUAUUGAUUGCAUAUUCACUCACUAUAAAAAACCUUCAUGGUUUGCGGAUUUGGGACCGAAACAGUGUUUUCCAUCUUCCUGUACGAAGGCCUAUGAGUUUGCUACUGAUUUUGGAAUCGUUGAAGAAACGCAAUAUCCAUUUACUGAACAAAGAGGUGACUGCAAGGGACCAUCACCUGGAGUGAAAAUUUUCAAAAUAAAAGGAUUUGACAGAUUAAAGGAGACCAAUAAGAGGAAAAUAGCAACACUACUUCGGGAGCAACCAAUUACUUGUGCUGCACCUUUUGUUCCUAGUCUUAGGGAUCAUCGUGGGAAGGAAAUAAUAUACAUGGGCCCUACCCAGAGCGAAACUGAAGAAAUAGAGAAACAUAAAGCAAAAGGGGGAAAUGAAGCCAUGCAUGCAAUGUUGAUCGUAGGGUAUGGAAAAGAAGAUGGUGUUGAGUUUUAUUUAGUGAAGAACAGCUGGGGCGAAGAUUGGGGAUAUAAGGGGUUCGCAAAGAUUAAAUGUAGUGUGUUGUCCCGAUUGUCAUAUCCUAUUCUAAUGGAGUAG